AUGUGUGAAACUAAACGUUUCCACCUAUGGCUUCUCCAAAUUAUAGGCCUCUUAGGCCUCCUUGCCCUUUGUUUCUGGCUAAGUUUACGUCCCAAAGAGCCAAAUUUCGCCAUCAUCGAUUUCUCCAUCCCAACUUCAGUUAGUGAUGAGAAUCCAAGGGCUACCUUCAAUUAUGUUCUUCAAGUUAAAAAUUCAGACAAAGAGUCCAGCAUCUACUACGAUGACAUUUUGUUGAGUUUCAAAUAUAAGCAAGACAUGGUGGGAAACAAUACAAUUCCAAGGUUUGAUCAAGGCAAAGACAAUAAUGCUUAUCAACAUGUACCUACAGUGGAUAUUAAUCCACUGGUAUGGAGAGCUCUUGCCAAGGAAAUUUCUCAUGGAACGGCUAAAUUGUAUGUUGAGUUAAUUACUAGCAUUAAAUACAAAACUUGGGGUAUCAAGAGUAAGCAUCAUAAGGUGAAGUACCAAGGGGUUCUUCCUAUUGGUUCGGAUGGGAAAAUAAAAGAUAAGAAGAAGAGGGUUAAGCUGCAUCGUUCCAAGAAAUGGAAAAUAAGGACUAGUGGAUUUCUUUCAGCAAAUUAA